AUGAACACCUUGUCACCUCACAUUGCCAACGCCUGGGACCCACCCCCACCCGGAAAGCUUGAUUGCUCUUCUUGCAGCCGGUUGAUACCAGGCCUCUGCACCACAUUCUGUGGUUACUGUAUUGCAGCGCGUGACACUCCAGGGGUCAAGCUUGUUCACUGUGACUCAUGUUCAAUCGGAUAUCCACAGCUCACUGGUUCACCGCCUGUCUGUUGCCCAUGCUUAGCCAAAGACCUUGGAAACUCGCCAGCUCCGCAAAGAUUUCCCCGAUGUAAUGUGGAUCCAUCCUCCCAGUUAGGAUCAAACCUUAGUGCUAAAAGUCCUCGGGCAUCCGAAACCUACAUUGAACCGCCUCGCAUGAAUAAUUUAACUCAAUUCCGUCUGUCAAAUCUGGGUCCUCCUGAUGUACAACACCCUGACCUCGUGAGUGAACAACAGUCAAACAUCUGGGGACGCCAACGACGUUUGGACAGUGCAGAAUCCAAUAAAGUCGGUUCCAGCAGUCUCCAUAGAGGGGGUGGCGCCAAAGCAACACCAGGCGGCUUCUCCGGUCUGGCUACUCAUACACUGAAUGUCACCGCUCAACUUGUCAUUUCUACUGUCCCAAUCAAAUGUCCACAAGACAAUGGAGUCAGAACAUACUCAAACUUGAUCACUGUUUCGGACAAAAGGUGGCCAGGCCCUUUUGCUAGAGCUGCCUGGGCAGACGUUACACAAUAUUGCGUUGGUAUAGAUUUCCCCUCAGCAGAACUGGGUCGCCAGCAUCACAUCUUUCCUAUACCAACUGAAUUUUCCAACACAUACGUUUCAUUUGGUAUUGGAAGAGAUCACAUGUCAUAUGAACAAAUUCAAGCCCAUUUCAGUCAAUUGGCCAACCACAAGGCUCAACGGGGUCCUGCUCCAAAAUCCGAUUUCAAUUGGUUGACUGCAUUCUCUUUGGGUCUCUCGUUGCACGGAUACCUUGAAGACCAGCCAGAAGACUUUGGUAAAUCAACGGCAGCAAUGAGUGAAAGUUCAAGUGUCUAUGAGGACGACAAUGAAUUUGAGCGGGUACAAGAUGCUCUUCGACUAUCCCUUCAAGAAACUGAUACACCAUAUCAGCUCCGAUCAAAGGCCACCAGCAAUCUAAGUGUCACAUCCCAGGGAUCUAAGAUUCCAUCCUGGUGGUUCGACCCAUCAAAUGACACCCUACCAUUCUGGGGUUCCAUUACUGAUGCCCCUGUGACUGGAGAAUUAGAAGGCAUGAUUGUCAACCGGCCUGUUGUGCAAGAUAUGUCAUUUAUUUCACGCAUCUUUGGGUCUGACCUACAAUCUGCUGAUAACGGUACCCCCGACCUACGUUUCUUGGGGGAGAUUGCUAUUCCAAUCUCAACUACCUGGGCAAACUCCACACAAGCCCUGCUUGGGAAGAACGUGGUCUUGCUUGCGUUACAUUUGCAACCCGUGACACAAGAUCCGGACCUAAGCCUUGAGUGUCCUGCUCACUGUGACCCGACGUUCAAGAGUUUGAAAGCAGUGGGAAUAUCAAUCAAACCAUGGCGAGCAAUCUUCCAUGUUGACAAAGGUAACCUAUUCCCUUCAAGUGGGCUGGAAGACCGGCAUGGUGGACAAAUCUUAUUUGAAGGUUCUAUAAUCAAUAUUGUGGCGAGACGACACUUGAAAGGGACCAAGCUUUUGAACUAUAUGGAAGAGUUCCAGAUGAUUGUCCAGGCUGCCAAACUUCUCUCCGACUUCCAAAGUUUUGUAGCCGGAAAGGCUGAGGUGCCUCCGCCUUUAGCUCAGCUUUUAAAAGAGUUAGAGGUUGUUCAACUCCUCAUAGUUUCUAAGAAUUUGUGGUCAUCACCUUUGCCUAAUGAUUUAUGGAUGAUUGAGACAGCGGACAACAAGUCACCCAAGAAAUAUGUUAGCCCAACAUCAAAACUCACCUACACAGAGAAUGAUCCGCUGUUUCAGGCCUUGCAUGCUUGGUCUCACUGGACUUUUCAUUUGUACAAAGGUGAAGCUUUAUUGAGUGAAAUCUCUGCCGACGGAAAUCUGCUCUCAGGCUUCCAGAUGGUGGACAGCAAUCCAAAGAUGUGGUGGUCAGCAGAAAACACAAGCGAGAAGGGUGUAUGGCAUUUUGCCAAUUCUCAUGUAUGUUCACCAUUAUGUGAAGCACUGGGUUUGCUUCCUGUCAAUCCAGAAUUACACAGACCACGGGGUACAGCCAUGGGGUUGCUUAGUAUGCAACAAAUGCAAGGUGGUCAUGAUGUAAGUUUGGACAACAGUGUUUCAGAUGGGGCUGUUUGA